AUGUAUACAUUACAUCUCAACACAUUAGGUACAUCAGACUUAUUUUCGAGCAGUAUUCUCUGUAUCUCCCGUUACUAUUUCUGCCUUGUCGAUUAUGGACAAUACAGUUGGAUAAACGGAAUAUAUACGCAAUUGUUACACCCGACUUUAGUAUGGAGCAAAACAAGGGUUUGUACGUUCUUUAUAGAUUACUGUUUAGACGGACUUACGAAUAUCAUCUAUCGGGUGUACAAGAACAAAUGUCCUGAUGAUUAUCCAAUUUUAUUUCGUAUUUAUGGUGCUGAAAGUAACAAGUAUCUUAAUCGUGCUAAGGAACUCGAGUUCCUUUCAAUCCUCUCUAAGCACAAUUUCGGGGUUAAGCUAAUUCAGCAUUUCCCCGAAGGACGAUUGGAGGUGUGGAGAGUUGGUUUUAAAGUCUCACUAAAUGAUUGUGGAUGUAGAGACCCAUUGCUCUCUCGCCAAAUCGCAGAGAAAUUGGCCGAUCUUCACAACAUCCCAAUUGAAGGCUCCAUGUUCUGUUCUUUUACGGAUAUGUUGCGUUCAUGGACUUCACUGUGUGAAAAGUGCCUAUCUGCAGACGCAUUUGAGGGUUUUUCUCUCAAUAACCUUUCUCAAGAGAUUUCGUUGAAUGAAGAAUUGAUUCGCAACGAAUGCCAUGAUUUUGUGUAUGGACAUCAGGAUUUGCUUCGUGGCAACGUGUUACGAAAUUCGAAUGGUGAUGUGUUACUUGUGGAUUUCGAGUAUUGCUGCAUUCUCCCUGCGCCUCUCGAUAUUUGUCACCACUACUGCGAGUGGAUGACGCGAUACGAUUCGGACUCCUACUGGAUCGAUUGGAGACUUCAUCCAAAUGAGGAUGAAGAACGAAACUUCAUCGCUGCAUAUCUUCAUCGCAGACGUUUCGGAACCUGAGGAGAAGGACAUCUGCGACAUGAUUACCUCGGUUCAUCGUUUGCAGUGUUUUUCGUUCUUUCUCUGGUUUGUUUGGGCUGUGAUGCAGACGUUGAUCGGUGUUGACUGGAAUAGCCACGACUACGCAGUGAAUCGAUGGCAUCUCUAUAAGGAACUCAAGCAAAAGUAUUACGGAAUAGAAGCCCUACCCGUUAUUUGCGAAUAGUGGA